AGACAGAGCUUCCACCCUCUGGUUCACGCCCCAAGUGCCCGCAACAGCUGAUGACGGGCCACACUGGAACCAGGAGCCAGGAUUUCCACCCAGCUGCAGCUCUGCUGAGCCCCUCACCGGCUGCCGCGCUCGCUGUCAGAUACGCAUCCAAGAAGACAGGCGGCAGCUCUAAAAACCUCGGUGGCAAGGCACCAGGCAAGCGCUUUGGCAUCAAGAAGCUGGAAGGUCACUACGUGCAUGCUGGCAACAUCCUUGGGACUCAGCGCCAGUUCCGCUGGCACCCAGGCGCCCACGUGGGGCUGGGGAAGAGGAAGUGCCUGUACGCGUUGGAGGAAGGGAUAGUGCGCUACACCAAGGAGGUCUACGUGCCCAACCCCAGCAACUCGGAGGCCGUGGAUCUGGUCACCAGGCUGCCCAGGGGGGCUGUGCUCUAUAAGACUUUUGUCCAUGUGGUUCCUGCCAAGCCUGAGGGCACCUUUAAACUGGUAGCCAUGCUUUGAAGUCUGGCCGAGGCCACUGGACAGAGACUGAAGCUCAGGUGACAAGGCAACAGCAGAAGGCAACAGCUGGGGUGACUACAAAGGCUCCCCGGAAGAGGCCUGCCAGCUGGUGACUGAAACCCUUCGGGGCAGAGAUAGAGUGAGCUGGAGUCGUGGCCUGCAAGCUUGAAAUAAACCCUGAAGGAGCUGUUUGUGCUGUGUGGUCCUUACCCGUGUUCUCUG